AUUUGCAACCCAAUCUUUGGAGCCAAAACCCGCCACCGCUAUUACUGGUUAAAUAUUUUAUUUUAAUUUUUCUUAUUUUCAUAUUGUAUAAUUAUAUUUUUAUUUUUAACAGAUAAUUUCUUUGUUGUUAGUUUACGAAACCUACAUCUGUGUGUCCUACGCGCAGCUCAACUUUUUUCCUCUGCAAUCUUCCAUUGAUUCAAACCCUGAGAUUUUAUUUUGUUUUGGUAGGACACAAUUCAUUCUCGCUCUCUCUUGCGAUAUAUAGAUUCGUAGAGUGACAGCACACAAUUCGUUUCCAUUUUGUUUGUUUUCCGGAGAAUUUACGUAAACGUGCGAAUUUUACAGAUUUCCUUUUCCUUGAUUACUUCAAUUAGGUUUUGUCAUUGAAUUUUAGGGUUUACAGCGACAUCCGCGCAGGUUGGCUGCCGUUUUAUGGAAUCGUUUGUUCAAAUUUACGUGUGUAUAAUUGGAACCUUUCAUAUUUGAUUCGGGUUUUGUUUUAUGAUGCGAAAUUAAGACUUUCUUGGGUUGGUGCUGAGGAAAUUCAUUGGAAUCGAAUGCUUAGAGGAUGAUUGUUAAAAAAACUAUGAAAGUUGAAAUGCAGAAUCUGAAGCGGUGUAAGAUGGGAGAGUCUUGCAGUGAAUACGAGGGGGAUUACGAGUGUUUAUUGAUUCCAAAGAAACGGAAAACUAAUUUGUAUGAUUCAUAUUCGAUUGGUAUGUACAGUGAAGUUGAUGAUUUUAGCAGUGCUUCUGGUUCUUGGGCCGGUGAAGGAUCGUAUUGGGCAAGCGAAGUACAAUCCAAUUCGAAGAGAUUGAAGAAUAGGAGCACGGUGAGGUCUCAAAGACCAUUAUCGAGAUCUUCGAAAGGGCGAAUUCAAAUGCUUCCUUCUAGGUUUAAUGACUCGAUCGUUGAUAUAUGGAAGAAUGUCGAAAUUAGACCAGAUGACACUGAUUCGAGCUUUGAGGAUGAUGAAUUCGUGGAAAAUAGAGAGGAUUUUGAUGACGAGAGAUGUAGAUAUAGUAAAACGAAAUUCGUAAAGGGUAAUUUUUCUAAUUCAUUUCCAUUUUAUGAACGGGAACGGAAUGGAGAAGUGGGCAGUGUAAACUUCAAUAGUUUUGAGUACAAAAACAGUAAUUCAAAUAAAUUGAGGUCGCAUAGUUCAUUGAUAGACAGUGAAGCGUUCAGAUAUAAUGAAUCGAAGAAAUUGAGAAGAGUAGCUGGAAAUAAGAAAGAUGUUUAUAAGCCCGAGGACUUUGCUUUGGGGGAUUUAGUUUGGGCAAAAUGCGGGAAGAGAUUUCCUUGGUGGCCAGCCAUUGUUAUUGAUCCCAUAUUGCAAGCUCCUGAAGCUGUUCUUAGUUGUUGUAUUCCUGACGCUCUCUGUGUGAUGUUUUAUGGGUAUUCUAAAAAUGGGACACGAAGGGACUACGCCUGGGUGAAACAAGGGAUGAUAUUUCCUUUUGCGGAAUUCAUGGAUAGAUUUCAGGGGCAGACACAAUUAUAUAAUUGCAAGAUGAGUGACUUUCAGAUGGCACUAGAAGAGGCCAUUUUAGCAGAAAGUGGUUUCCUGGACACGAGGAGUGGUGCUGCACACAUUAUACAUCCAGAAGCUCGCCUCUGUGAAUUCCAAGAGGCCAGUGAUUCAAGUGAAAAUCAAGACUUUUAUGCUCACUACCAGGGUGCAUUAUACAAGGAAAUGAAACGCUGUGACAGUUGUAAUCUAAUCUUGCCCUGCAAAACUAUCAAAAUGCAGAAGGGUUCAAAAUUUCAAAUGGAGCUUAUAUGUAAACACUGUGCUAAGUUACGGAAGUCAAAACAGUAUUGUGGCAUGUGCAAGAAGAUCUGGCACCAUUCAAAUGGUGGGAACUGGGUGUGCUGUGAUGGCUGUAAUGUUUGGGUACAUGCUGAGUGUGACAACAUUUCCAGCAGACAUUUUAAGGAUCUGGAGAACAUAGAUUACUAUUGUCCUGAUUGCAGAGUAAAGUUUAACAUUGAGCUAUCAACAUUUGAGAGAAGGAAGCCACCAGUCAAGUCUACAAUAAACAGCGGAGAAGCUAUGCCACCUGAAGAAGUAACUGUUGUAUGCAAUGGGAUGGAAGGAACAUAUAUUCCAAAACUUCAUUUAAUUGUUUGCAAGUGUGGUUCAUGUGGGUCGCGGAAGCAAACACCAAGUGAAUGGGAAAAGCACACUGGAUGCAGAGCUAAAAAAUGGAAGUACAGUGUGAAAGUCAAGAAUACAAUGUUACCACUGGAAAAAUGGAUUGCUGAGUACAAUGCACAUGGUGUGGAUCCUCUUAAAUUAGAUAAGCAGAAGCUACUUGCUUUUUUGCAAGCAGAGAAGUAUGAGCCUGUUUAUGCAAAAUGGACAACAGAAAGAUGUGCUAUUUGUAGAUGGGUUGAAGAUUGGGAUGAUAACAAAAUCAUAAUAUGCAACAGGUGUCAAAUAGCUGUCCACCAAGAAUGCUAUGGAGCAAUUGACAUUGAAGACCUUACUUCAUGGGUGUGCAGAGCAUGUGAAACACCUGGUGUGGAGAGGGAGUGUUGCCUCUGUCCUGUAAAAGGAGGUGCUUUAAAGCCAAGUGAUAUUGAGAUGCUGUGGGUUCAUGUCACUUGUGCAUGGUUUCGACCUGAAGUUGGUUUCUUGAAUCAUGAAAAAAUGGAACCUGCCACUGGAAUUCUUAGAAUUCCAUCAACCACAUUUUUGAAGAACUGUGUUAUCUGUAAUCAGACUCAUGGUUCCUGCAUCCAAUGUUGCAAGUGUGCGACCUAUUUUCAUGCAAUGUGCGCUUCAAGAGCAGGGUGUUUCAUGGAAUUGCACUGCAUGGAGAAGAAUGGGAUCCAGGUUACAAAGAAGUUAGCAUACUGUUCUUUUCACAGAAAACCAAAUCCAGAUUCUGUCAUAGUUAUGCGUACUGCAUCGGGGGUUUUUGCUGCUAGAAGCUUGCUUCAGAACCAGAAUAAGAGUUUCAGUUGUUCAAGAUUGGUUUCAUCUAAGAGAGUAGAACUUCCUGAACCCUCUGCAUCAGAGAUUAAUGAGUUUGAUCCUUUAUCUGCUGCAAGAUGUCGACCCUUUAAAAGGUCAAACAAUAAGAGGGCUGAAAGGGAGCCGACAUUCCACCGACUGAUGGGACCGAGGCAUCAUUCUUUAGAUGCAAUAAGUAGCUUGAGCACCUAUAAAGAAAUGGAAGAUUCUACAGUUUUCUCGUCAUUUAAGGAACGACUUGACCAUUUACAGAAAACUGAAAAUCACCGGGUUUGUUUUGGUAAAUCUGGUAUACAUGGUUGGGGCCUCUUUGCACGCAGAAACAUUCAAGAGGGAGAAAUGGUCAUUGAGUAUCGUGGUGAGCAGGUGAGGCGGAGUGUUGUAGAUCUGAGGGAGGCACAAUACCGUUUAGAAGGCAAAGAUUGCUACUUGUUCAAGAUCAGCGAGGAAGUAGUAAUUGAUGCCACCAAUAAAGGGAAUAUAGCACGCUUGAUCAACCAUUCGUGCAUGCCUAACUGCUACGCAAGGAUAAUAAGUGAUGGUGGUGUGGAGAAUGGCAUAGUUUUGAUUGCUAGAACCAAUGUUUCUGCAGGCGAUGAGCUUACGUAUGAUUACCUGUUUGAUCCGGACGAGCGCGAAGAGUUAAAAGUCCCUUGUUUAUGCAGAGCUCCAAACUGUCGGAAAUUCAUGAAUUAGGCUGCAUCACAUCUCUUAUCUUAUGUCUCUUUGGGAACAUCAUUCAUAUCCAUCUUCUAACCCCGGGCAAUGCUCUCAUUCUUUUAUUUUUUGAAAAGAAAAGGGCAAGUUUCUUUUCUGUUUUCGUUUUUGAUUUAUUUUGUAAGCCAUGUAAUAUUUUAAGCUGCAAUAAAAUGUAAAUACACAUUUGCUCUUUUUUUUUUUAAUUUUUAUUUAUUAUUUGUUGUAUUAUGAUUUUUUAAGGAUAAUUAGAUUGAAUUCAUUUUUACCUGAUAUUCGAAAAAUUUUUAUUA